GAAGUUUCUCCUCCGUUUUUGAUGCGGGAGCAGAUGGACAGUGGCAUCCCUUACCUUCCACAAGAAAUCCUCACAAACAUUCUUCAACGGCUUCCAGUGAAAUCUCUGCUCCGAUUCCGAUGCGUGUGCCGUUUUUGGAAGAAUCACAUCAACUCCCCUUCCUUCAUCCUAGACCACCUCACCUAUUCAAAGAAUCAAAUCCCUUCUCUGAUUACUGACUUCGAAGGCAUUUCGAAUUUGUAUUAGCUCGGCCAGGACAUGGAACUCCGCUGCUUUUUGGACGGACAUCCGACCGGUUUCAUUGGGACCUCCACGAUUGUCGGCUCCUGCAACGGCUUGCUCUGUGUUCAAACCCGUGUGUUUCAUACCCUCCCUCCUACACUUUAUAUAUUGAAUCCUGCGAUUCGAGAGGUUAUGCAGGUUCCCAGAAUUAGAACAACUAGUGAUGUUGUAGGUUAUAGUUUUGGAUUUGGAUUCAGUCCAUCUGUUAACGAUUACAAGAUUGUGAUAAUCUAUAUGGGGGCGCUUGUUGGGCACAAUGUGAUGAUUGGUAGAGUUGCAGUUUGUUCAUUAACCACAAAGUCAUGGAAAGACAUAGAAUUCGGAAUUGUAAAGGGUAGAUCCUUUUGCUCUCAGAGCCUCAAUGUUGAUGGAUCGAUCUUUUGGUUAGCACGUAAUGUCUUGAUAUUUGAGGGAUGGAAAUUUAUUGCUCUUGCCUUAGUUUCAUUUGAUUUAGCAUUGGAAGAGUUCAAAGUGAUACCAACACCUCUUUCACGCGGGGAGGGAGUAGCUAAGCUGGCCGUGUAUGAGAAGAGACUUGCCCUACUACAUUCCUCUUUUGCUCCAAACUCUGUUAUUGAUUUGUGGGUGAUUGAGGAAGGCAUUGGUGCUUCUUGGAGUAAGAUGUUUACCUUUGGCCCUUAUCCAUACCAUUUACGACCAUUGACCAUUUGUAGGAGUCAAAUUGUCGGCACUAUUUUUUACACUGGUAAGUUUCAAUUUAUGGAGGAGGAAGGGGAGAAGAAGGAGAAGAAGGAUGAUAUUUUUUUUAUCAAUCUCACUUCUAAUGAAUUUAAGGUCAUUGCUGAUAGGAGAUAUGGACGUAGUGGUUGUUCUUUUGAAUAUGUUGAAAGCCUUUUGUCUCCGAGCAAUAUCGAACUUCGGAAGCCUUGAUUCUAAUGCCUUAUGGACUAGAAGAUAUUUGAGAUAUUAAAGAAGAUUUUGGUGUUCAUGUUUGUUCAUUGUUUAUGAAACAAUUGUCUAUGAGCUGAGCAUUUUGAAGUCUUGAGUUAUUUGUAAUUUGAAAAGUUGCUCUCGCGGCAAUUAAUUCUCCUGUCUCGGAUAAAGAACUACUUCAAUCUAUUCUCGUUGGCUUGGGACCGGAUUAUAAGCCUCUUGUUACUACGGUCUCUUUAUUUCCCGAGCAAUUUCCUUUCCAUAUUUUGGAACCGCGUUUACUAGAAGCAGAACAACAACUCCUGUCUGAGCGUCAACAACAUGCAGCCAUUGGUCAUCAAGCAUUUGCGGUAGCUGCAGCUGGGGGGCAGCCACUGACUGGAUAUGCCGCUCGCGGCAGGGGAGGCCGCGGCAGGGGACGCGGUCGCCAGGGCCGGGGUCACGGCAGAGGACAUCCACAGCAGCAUUAUGGCUUUCAGCACAAGGCCGUGCCAUACUUUGGUGCACAGCAGCCGGCAGGACCUCAGCCACCUCAUGGUGGAUCCCCGGCAGCAUCUGGGUCUGGCCAGCAGCAGGGAUUCGGACAGCAGGUCUUCGCACAACAUCAGGCUUCUAUUCAGGGGGUGCAAUCUACUCGCCCGGGCACUUCAGGUUCUGCUAGUAAUUCUGUUUUGUCAACUUUAAAUAUUAAUCCCUAUUUUAUUUAUGAUACUCACGCUAGCUCUGCAGGUUUUUCAUCGGGUGAGGGCAUUCUUGGGUCUGUUCCACCGCCUGUUGUCUGUCAGCUUUGUUUCUCUGCAGGUCACUCUGCGCUUCAGUGUCCUUCUCGGUAUGCUCCACCGUCUGCGCCAGCUCUAUUGACUUCUAAUGGUCACUCAAAUACUGCUUUAUGGUAUCCUGACUCUGGAGCUUCAGCUCACAUGACUCCUACAGAAGGACAAAAUUUCGGGGAAGGUCCUUCUGGAAGCUCCUAGUCAUGGUCAUCUCUAUCCAGUCAGCCUCCAUCCUCAGCCACCGUUUGCCUUGUCUUCUCUAGCUUUGUCUGGCCCCAUUUGGCAUCGUAGAUUAGGCCACUGUGGCACUUCUAUUUUACGUACUUUACAAAGUCAGCACCAUAUCUGUAGUAGCUCUAGUUUCUCUCAUGACUGUAUUUUUUGCCGAUUAGGCAAAUCUUAACGUUUACCCUUUAUGGAUGCUAGUCAUAAUUCUACUAUGCCUUUGCAAUUAAUUCAUUCUGAUGUUUGACAAUCUCCUGUUUUAUCCAAUUUGGGAUUUAAAUAUUAUGUCUGUUUUAUUGAUGAUUUUUCUCGC